AUGGUAGAAUUAAUAUUAGCAAGGCUUCCUACGGUAGACGUCAUCCGAAGCCAACUCGUAUGCAAGAGAUGGAAAUCCAUCGUUCGCUCUCCAACUUUUGCAUACACUUCGUCAAAACAGUAUUUCCUUCGAACCCCAUGGCUUGCCAUGGUCCCAAAAUCAUCCCCAAAUCAAUUCAUGGUUUACGACACAGAAGUUUCUAAGUUACGGUAUAUACAACAACCUCAUCCUCCAUUAUUAAUAUCUAAUUCAGAUAGUAGUACUCCAGUUGCGGCAUGUGCUGGAUUAAUGUGCUUUAAAUAUCAUACCGUAAAUCUUUUUCGAUUGAUCGUUGCGAAUCCCUUAACCGGGUUGUCGCAUGUUUUACCAGAGCUGGAUGUUGAUAUUAAUCAAUUCCCAAUCAUGGGAAUUGCAAUGCAUGCUUCAAACUCGUUAUCACAUGUAGAUGUAGAUUACAAAGUUUAUGUGACGUUUGGGUAUUCGAACCCUGAUUUGUCUCUAAAGGUUUUCUCAUCUGAAGUAAAAGCUUGGAAGGAUAUCAGGCCAUUAACACAUACUGCUAAAGCUCGGUUGAACGUAUUAGAUCCCAAAAUCAACCUUUCUGGCGUGGCAACUUUAGGUAGUGAGGGUCAAAUCAUAGUGAACUACUUUGAAAGAUUUGUAGGAAGAAGUCUAAUCCGUUUCGAUAUAUCAAAAGGGACAGACUUGGUAAAGGAUAUUUCACUCAGCUCAUCUUGGCCUGACGGUACUUUUAGAGUGGAAAUGUUGUUUUGCAGUGGAAGAAUCUUUACGAUAUUUGACCGUCCAAUGACUAUACUUGAACCACUGAGUAUAUUUGAAUUAGAUACCGAGAAUUACAAGUUGAAACCAGAUCCAAUCGCUGUGUUCAAUCAUGGAAAAUUUGCGUUUGUCUCAAGUUGUACAAGUCACGGAGAUUACAUAAUGGUUUGUCUGCACACAGUACUUCUCAGUGAAUACUCCAUCGAGGUAUUGAUGUACAACCUCAAAGCGGAUGAAUGGACACAUCUUCCCGAUGGUUUUAAAACAAAUGACUUAUCUUUGAUGCAUGCAUCCAGUCAUGCUUUCCUUCCAGAUAUGCAAGCCAAGGCAUACUCAAGCAGUGCGCUAGGUUUUGUCGCAAGAAAGACAUGCGAGAUUGGUGAUCUUUCUUUUAAUAUCUGA